AUAAAAGCAAAAUAAAAAAGGAAAAAUAAAAAUGAGUCUAUCUAAUUUAGCAUAGUUCGGUUAAAUGGGUUUAAAUUAAAAUUAUUCUUAAUACUAAAAUUCACCUAUAAAAGAUUUUUCAUAGGUUAAUCAGUUUCCUUAUUUCCCUGUUUAAAUUUUAAUGGUUCCAUAUUAAGUAUAACCUACUAUGAUAAACUCUUCUUUUAUGUCUCAUCCAUAACCAACAGUAUUACAAAUAAUUCCUUAUUAAUAAGAUUAAUCAUAAAACCAAGCCAAACAAUAAUAUUAAAAUGAAUAAAAUAUAUCCUAAAAUAAUAUAAUGAAUUAAUAUUAAGAAAGUCCUAAAAUAAUAAAAAAAAAGUUAAGUUUUUAAAACCAAUUAAAUUUUGAAGGAAAGCCAAGCUAAAAUUUUCUUGAAACACAAAAUUAAAAUUAAAAAUGGUAAUAACAAUAAGAAUAUUAAAAUAUUUUAAAAACUCAAUAAGAAAUAAAAAAGUUUAAAAAUGAGCAAUUAAAAGAAUAGGAAAAAUUAGAACUAGAAAAACUUAUGUAGGAAAAAUUAAUAUAAUAAUUGUAUAAUAAAGCAGCCAUUCAAAGAGAUUCAAAUGGGAAUAUUUUAACUACGAAAAUAAGGCCUGGAAAUAGAAAUUUUUAAAGCAUGGAUUGGUUUUCAGGAAAUUAAUAAUAUCCAAAUAAUAUGGAAACUACUAAAAAUAUUUUUUAUAAGCAUAGUAGUAUUCCAGAUUUAGAAAUAAUUAAUUAAGAUAUUAAAUAGAAAAGAGAUUUAGAGAAAAAAAUAUAAGUAGAAAGAUAACAAUUUUAAAGUUAAAGUAAUAUCGAUGAUAUUCAUUAAAAUUCAAAUCAUAUUAGAUAAAGCUAUGAUUCUCGUUAAGAUUUAGAAAAGCUUAAAAAAGCAGAAUAAGCUAUUUAACUAUAAAAAGACAUUCUUGAGCUUAGAAAAAUAUAAGAUAUUAGAGACGGAUAACUUGAAGAUUUAAGAAUAUAAAGAGAAAGAUUAGAUAACGAAUAAUAAUUAUAAAUUUAAUAAAAAUAAUUAAAAAUAAAUAUUGACCAAAGUAAAUAAUAUAGUGAAUAGUAAAAUAAUGAUGAAAAACAAGAAAAAAUGCAAUAUGAAUAAAAAUAAGACCUAGAAAAAAUCAAGCAAAAAAUAUUAGGAGAAAUCCCUUAAGAAAUUUCAAAAAUAGUAAAAUAAACCAUAAACGGAGAAAUUCAAUCUAUUAGAUAUGAAAUAAAUUUUCAUAAAAAUAAUAUAGAAGAACAAAUAUAAUAAAUUAAAAGCCAAAUAGAUAAAGCAAAUGAAAAAAAGGAAUAAACAGAUAUUAAUUUAAAUUCUUUGAAUGAAUAAUUAAGCAAAUAAAACAUAAAUAAUUUACAAAAAAAUAGCUAUACAUAUGAAUCUUUUAUUAAGAUGCAAAAGUCGAAUAUUUAUGCCAGUAAAGAUAUUUUCCUUUUACCAAAAUAAAAAUACAAAAUAGAAAAUGAAUAACCUUUGAAAUAAAAAAGUGAAUUAAUUGAAAAUAAAAAAUGUGUAAUUAAAAAAAAAGAAUAACCAGAUUUUAUUGAAACAAAGCCUUAUAGAGUAAGCUAGGUUUUGGAAAUUCCUGGAACAUUUAUAUAGGAUAAAGAUGAUAUAGAUGCAUAUAAAAAAUAUUUAGUAAAAAACAAAAAGAGAUUAAAUAGAAUGGAGAAGAUAGAAUUAGUGAAAGAAUAAUAAUAAAAAUAUGAAUAAAUUAAUUAAUUUUUUGCAAAAAGCACAACUUAAAGUGAUUCUGAUGAUGACCUAAAAUUGCCAACAAAAGAUAGUCAUUAGAAAUAAAUUAGAUAUAAUUCUGUGAAUAUUUAAAAAGAUAAUUUAUAAAAUAAUUGCUAAAUUUAAUAAUAAAAUGAAUAAUAAUUUUCUUUAGAAAAAAUAAGAAAAAAGAGCUCAUAGACUUCAUUUAAAAAAGAACUUAAAUAAUUUAUAUAAUUACCAUAAUUAGUGUAAAAAAAUAGUCCUUAAUUUUAAUAAAAUAGUAUUUAAAUACAAUAAUAGUAAAUAUAAUAAAACAAUCCGAUAAAUAGCAUUUAGAUAUAAUAAUAACCAAAAUAAAUAUAAUAAAAUCAAUUUAGAAAUAGUAUUUAGAUAUAAUAAGAAUUAAAAUUAAGUUAAUAAAUAUAAACUAAUAAUAAUAUAGAAGUAUAAGAAUAAUAAGAAACAAAAUUAAGUGAACCUAAAAAUAGCAUUUUAAUUGAGCAAUCGUAGGAAAAUAGACAAAGCUAAUAAAUUUAACAUAAAAAAAGCCAAUAAUUCUCAUAGAUUUCGCAAUAAAAUAAUAAAUUAACUAUUUAAAAUGAAUUAAGAAAUAGUUAGUAAUUAAAAUAUAAUUAAUUGAAUAAUAGUUAAUAAGUUUAAAUUGAAAAAAGUAUUUAAUUAAAUAUAAUUAAUGAAAAUAAAAAUAAUAUUUAUUAAUCAAAAAUAGAAAGAAACAGUUAAAUUUCACAAUAAAAUAAUUUAAAUAUACAAAAUUAAUGA